AUGAUAACCCUGCUAAAGAACUUGCUCAUAUCCAGAGAAGCACAAAAACUGGAAUUGGCCAAUAAGCUGGAAGAGGAGCAGAGAAAUUUGGACGAAGAAGUCGAUGACGAAAAUAUUAAUAAUACGGCACAGCCAUCCUCGUGUAUGAAAAAUGUUAUACAAAAUGUUAACAUAAAUGACAAUGAGCCACAGGAGGAGAAUAGCAAUGAGCACAGCAAUUGUUUUAAGAGAACAGGAAUUAUUAGCAGUCUUAAAAGUAACCAUGGCACCAUAGACAAUGGCAUAUUUUUUGAUAUGAAUGUGGCUUUAACGGUAGCCAGUGAAUUAAAAGUUGGCUGCCGUGUAGAAUAUUUGGCCUACAAACAUUCGGCCACGGAUCAUGUUAAAGUGAUAAAGAUCGAACAAGUUAUAGAUCAGUAUUGGGAUGAUAAACAGCCAACACAACAAAAGAUUGAGGAACAAAUUGAGGAACUGAAAUCGGAACAGCCAAAGUACUUUAAUACCCAUCAGCGCAAUAUUUUGGGCUUAAUAACAGAACGUAAUCCUGAUUCGAUUAUCGUUGACACUGAUUACAAAGUGUUGAACAUCCAUUUGGAUUCGGUUGAGAUUGAAUUUGUGCCAAAAGCAGGAGAUCGUGUAUACGUUUGCUGCAAUGUUCAAAGCGAUGAACAUUUUGUGGAUAGAACCGGUGAAAUCCUUCAAGAGGUCAGCGUACAUCCGGCACGUAUAAUGAAACAAGAAAAAUGCACCGUUAAACGCAUAUUACCAGAGUGGGGCGUUCUCAAUGAUGAUGCCUACUAUACUUUUGACAUAUUGCCAGCGGCCUGUAAACUAAAUGUGGGCGAUACAGUUUCUGCAGAUCUUAUAGAGUGCGAAAGGGGUGAAUAUAUUUGGCGUUGCAUAAAGCUCUCGGUUCUAGAGCAAGCCAUACUGCCCCAAGUCUAUGAAUCUACUCAACGUUCCAAUGAACAACGUGCGGAACAUCGAGCUGUUACUGUUUCACCGGAUGCCAGUUGCGUUUUUAGCUCAACAUUUCAGAAAAAAGAAAUCGAAUUUACCUGCACCAAUAACUGUGAUCGUGUAUUCCAAGGCAGUGUUGAGUUUUUGGGACGCAAGCGUGACACACAAUUGUAUGUGUUGGAGCCAGAGCCGGGAACUAUAUUUGAACUGGGCCCCAAUGAAAAGAAGUCUAUACGCUUUGAGGUUGAGUCAAAAAUCUAUGGAGAAAAUCAAGAACAAUUUAUUAUCAAGUUUGAAAAAUUCCGUAUCAAACGUUCCAUAACUGUUGUAGUGUGCGAGACAGAAGCAGAAGCCGAAGCCAUAGAGAAAACCAUAGCCCUGCAAAAGGAAGGUGACCGAAAUGGUAAUAUCCCUGGAGCAGGUGGUCGCAAUGCGGCUCACAGAUCACGUUAUUAUGCAAAUCAGGUCUGGUCAAAACGCAGCGAAGUUAUACCAGGUGUCGGCAUUGCCACCAAACGCCGUUUCAUUGCCCAGCGCAUUGGUUACUAUGAAGUUCCCGAACGCCUAUGCAAGGCCUACCUUACCUCGGACAAGAAGCAAGAUAUGCUUGACAAUAUUGAACAAAUGUUUCCCAGCAUAAAGCAAGAACUCUGCAUGGCCAAUUAUGUGACUCGUUUCCAAACCUUAAUCUAUUUGGAGGAAAUCGAAUAUUUUGUUAACUUUCGCAACUAUGACCGUGAAAGGGCUCAUUUUUCGCGUGAGGGCGAAUUUCUUUCGCUUAACAUUGACAACUUGGCCGAAAGACGCCCAUCUUUGGUCAUUGGCGAUGUGGUGCGUGCCAUUAACCCUUGGAGUGACCGUGAUGGCGAUAAGCGUAGCUAUGAUGGCGUCAUACACAAGGUGCUCUUUAAUCGUGUUCUACUGAAAUUCAACGCGGGCUUUCAGCAGAAGUACAAUGGCGAGGACUAUCGCCUGGAAUUCUUUUUCUCUCGUUUCGGUUUUCGCAAACAGCAUUUCGCCAUUCAGAAAGUUGUCAAACACUUGGGUGAACAAUUUCUAUUUCCUUCGCGUGUACAUAUGCGUGAACAACCCCAAUUGGAUGUAAAGUUGGAUGAGGACUAUAAUUUAAGCCUAAAUGACACAACUUGCAAAUGGUAUAAUCCCAUUUUGAAUCCCAUACAAAAGGUGGCCAUUUCCCGAAUUUUACGUGGCGAGGCCCAAAAUAUGCCCUAUGUUAUUUUCGGACCACCUGGCACUGGAAAAACCGUGACUCUUGUGGAGACAAUAUUGCAGCUGGUUAAGUUGUUGCCCAGUUCCCGCUUGCUGGUUGGCACUCCAUCCAACAGUUCGGCCGAUUUGAUAACCACACGUCUAAUAAAUAGUGGCGACUUACAGGCUGGCGAUUUCAUACGUUUGGUUUCGCAAAAUCAAAUCGAGAAAGAACUCAUUCCCGCUCACCUGAAACCCUAUUGUGCCACCAUAGAUGUGGCGGCCGACGGCACUUGUAAUGAUUCUAUGAUCGUAACCGAAUCUGGCCUCAAGCUGAAGUGCCAAAUGAAAUAUUUGGGUCGGCAUCGUGUGACCAUUGGCACCUGCUCAACUUUGGGAAAUUUCUUGCAGAUGGACUUUCCACCCGGUCACUUUACUCAUGUCAUAAUUGAUGAAUCUGGUCAAUGCACCGAGUCCGAGGUAAUGGUAGCCAUUACACAAGUUUCGAAUACACGUGGCCAGGUUAUACUGGCUGGUGAUCCCCAUCAAUUGCAGGCAAUUGUCAUUAACCGCUACGCUGGCGAAAGGGGUUUUACCACCUCGUUCCUUGAGCGAAUACUCACGCGUUCGCCAUACCAACGCGACAUAAUACGUUAUAAGGAUACUUGUGGAUUUGAUCCACGUUUAGUUACAAAGCUAUUGUACAACUAUCGUGCUUUGCCUUCCAUAUUAAAUGUUUACAAUGACUUGUUCUACGACUCGGAAUUGAUCUCCAUGAUAGGAAAUGAUUCGAGGGAGGCUGAUAUGUUGCGAGGCAUUGCCGAAUUAUUGCCAGAAUCGCAAACUCGACCGGAGACACAUGGGGCUUUCUUUUAUGGCAUGCUCAGUGAAAAUAUGCAAGAAAAAGAUUCACCUUCAUGGUAUAAUCCACAUGAAGCGAAAUGCGUGUUCCUUAUGACUCUGCAACUCUAUCGCAGAAAUAUAAAACCCGAGACGAUAGGCAUAAUAACGCCAUACAUGAAGCAGGUCAAACAUUUGCGAUAUCUUUUCACAACUGCAGAUAUAGCAAUGCCAAAGAUUGGUUCUGUGGAAGAAUUUCAGGGACAGGAGCGUGAUAUCAUACUCAUUUCUACCGUUCGCUCCACCCAAAAACAUUUGCCCAACGACAUACGUCACUCUUUGGGUUUUGUUCAAUGUGCCAAGCGCAUGAAUGUGGCCAUUUCCAGAGCACGUUAUCUCCUGUAUAUUUUUGGCAAUCCAAACCUCUUGGUACUCGAUUCUUGCUGGCGUUCCUUCAUUAAGUAUUGUGUUGAUCAUGAUGCCUAUUUAGGAUGUGAUUUACCGGCCGCACUUUACGAUGCCAAUGAAUUGCCUGAAACCAUUGAUGUUGAUAACAGGGAUGAUUAGGGCUCCAACUACUAUAACAAAUGAAAUUUUUGAGAAUAUAAUUUUGUUAGUUUUUUAUUUUUAAUUUUUUCAUAAAACAGUAACGCAUUUUAAUGUGAUACCAAAGCUGGACUUCAUUGCUAAAAGUAUUUGUUCAAAGUCACUGAUAGUUAUGAAUAAAAAUUUCAGAAAAAUAAACAUGUACAUACAAAUAUUUUAGAGAAACUUUAGCUUUACGGUUUUUGUUCAUUGAAGAUUUUAAUGUAUUGUGUCAUUAAAAUUUAAUAAAACAAAACAAUUCAAA